CAUAUUAAAUAUGUAACGGAUAACUUAAACAGUGGAAUAACCCGCGGGUUUACUAAAAUGCCACUGAACCUCUCAGAAACGUUCUUAGAUCUGAAAACCUUCAAAUUAGCGAAAUAUUAUGGCCGAACAAGUGAGGAUCUUAAAUUCCUAAAGAUCAAUGGAAUAAUUCACGAUUAUAUAGCCGAACAA